CUUGAGAUGGCCUCCUUGUCACCGCCGUCGUGUCUCAGAAACCUGUUUCUAUCGCCUUCUCCUCCUCAUCCCUUUUCCCGGCCAAUCUCUAGGAGGCAUCUGGUGAGGAGGCCCAGCGCGCUCAGGGAAUGGCGGGAGUACGAAGACGCUGUCAAGAGAAAAGAUCUGGCGGGGGCUCUCAGAUUCCUCAAAACCGUCCAAACCGAUAAACAGACUGAAUCCAUGGUUGUUUCCGCUCCUCCUCGGGGUCUUGAUUGGGAGGUGUUAGAUGCGUGUCUGAAUGCAGAUGAUAUGAGACUUGUUGGGAGUGCUUUUAGGUUUCUCAAGGACAGAGCUCUACUCCCCAACUUCGGCAAGUUCACCAAUAUUGUUUUGGAGGGCCCAAGAGAAGUCACACCUACUGUCCUCAAGUCUGCAACUGGCUUGGAAGUGACUAAACUUGCACCCAAGAAGUGGGGUCUCUCUGAUAGCUCCAGCAUUGCUCUCGCUGCUUUUCUCGGUGGUGUCUCCUAUCUUCUUUCUCAAGACAUUGAUCUUCGCCCUAACCUUGCUGCCCUUUUGGCUCUUGCGUUUAUGGAUUCCCUUCUUCUCGGUGGUACCUGCUUUGCCCAAAUUUCAUGCUACUGGCCUCCUCAUAAGCGUCGUGUCGUUGUUCACGAAGCUGGUCAUCUUCUUGUUGCAUACCUCAUGGGCUGCCCUAUCCGUGGUGUGAUUUUGGAUCCCAUUGUUGCCAUGCAAAUGGGAGUUCAGGGACAGGCUGGAACCCAAUUCUGGGAUCAAAAGAUGGAGAGUGAGAUUGCUGAGGGACGACUUAGCGGUAGCUCAUUUGAUAGGUAUAGCAUGGUUCUUUUUGCUGGUAUUGCAGCUGAAGCUCUAGUUUAUGGUGAGGCUGAGGGUGGGGAGAAUGAUGAAAAUCUCUUCAGGAGCAUCUCUGUACUUCUGGAACCACCAUUAUCCGUGGCUCAGAUGUCGAAUCAAGCCAGGUGGUCUGUCCUACAAUCUUACAAUCUACUCAAGUGGCACAAGGCAGCACAUCGGGCCGCUGUUGAAGCUCUGCAAGUGGGUAGUCCUCUUAGCAUCGUGAUUAGAAGGAUUGAGGAAGCUAUGUCUCCAAGCAGAUGACUAAAGCUCACUUACUCAUAAGGACGACACCAUAAUUUGGAAUUUAUCGAGACUGAAGCAGAUAAACUCAGAAAUAAACAACCUGUCUGCAACUGGAAUGGCGACGAAGGUCUUUUAUCUUUGGAUCCAUGUUCAAGUAAGUUAAGUUUUUAUCCACUGAGGGCGAUGUUGAGGACGUGAUAAUAGUACUUCUUUUGCCUUAUAAUUAUUCACAUGUUCAAGCAAGCUUUUGAUAGAUUCAAGAAAUUUGUUGUAGAGUAACAAUCACUUGAAAAUUGUGUAUUUAGUUGCAUUAUUGUAUAUAAACAUAAAGUGUGGCUAGUACAAGCAGUGGCUUCUAUCAUUCUUGCUGUUGCUGUUAUUUAACUUGGAGACAAG